CUUUCCGUAUUGGUAACAACAUGGCGCCCCGCCCUGUCACUGUCUAGACUUGCUUUUCGACGUUUUUUGCUACCCAGAACUCCAGUGGGUUCACAAUCUCGCGUCUUGUCCAAUUUAGCCCGUUAGCCUCGCUAACUCACUAGUAAGAUAACGCCCGAGUUCCCCAGUCACGGGACCGAGCACACACGGCGGGUUGGACAGCAAAAAUGAGUUGGAGCGGCGAUGCAGAUAAGUUCUUCUGACGGCUAAUGACAACCGAGUUUGGGGAUGCCAUCUGUCAGCUCGAACGAUGAAGAGCCGCUUCUCACGGCGAAACGUCGACUUCACGAUGAGUUGGACUCGAAUGAUGAUGAAACCUUAUUUGAAAGAAGCACAUCAAGAUCCCAGCACGAUGUCAACGAGGGCGCCGGCACCAGAUUAACAUAUGAGGAAGCCGUUGAGGCAUCAGGCUUCGGCCUGUUCCACUGGCUUCUACUGCUGGUGUGCGGCUGGGCGAACGCCAGCGACGCCGUGGAGAUCGUCUGCGUGUCUUUCCUGCUGCCCACCGCACGCUGCGAUCUCUUGCUCAGCUCAUCCGACAUGGGCCUGCUGACAGCCUCCAUUUUCCUCGGGAUGAUGGUGGGAGGCUACAUGUGGGGUUACUUGGCUGACCGGAGGGGGCGCUGCAGCGUCUUGGUGGUCUCCCUGAGUGUCAAUGGCCUGUUCGGAGGGCUAGCCAGUAUCGCGCCAUGGUUUUGGCUAUUCUUGCUGCUCCGGUUCAUCAGCGGCGUUGGUGUUGGCGGUUCCAUUCCCGUCAUCUUCUCCUACUUCUCUGAGUUCAUGCCCCGACAGAGGCGUGGUGCGAUGAUCAGCGCACUUGCUACCUUCUGGAUGGCGGGAAAUAUUCUGGCUGCAGGUCUCGCCUGGUUGGUGAUCCCUAGAACAUGGACGCAUUUUUCCUUGGGGAAAUUGGACUUCCAGAGCUGGCGAGUGUUUGUGGUGCUCUGCUCGAUCCCGAGCCUCACAUCAGCUGUUAUCUUUAAGAUGUUCAUGCCUGAGAGCCCCAAGUUCCUUAUGGAGGUAUCAGCAAAAAUACACGCCGGUCGAGAGAAGGAGGCCAUCCACGUCUUCCGCCAGAUGUUUCGACUGAACAUGCGUGGGAAAAGAGUGUCUCCCCCAGCAUUUUCUUUGCACGUGAACAUCAACCAGAGAGUACGCGAAACUAAGACUCGGCACCCAUGUGGAAAACUUGGCGCUAUUCUGAAAAAGGGGGUGAUGCCAGUCUGUCAGAUGUUUGAUGGAAACCUCAAAUCCAGAAGCUUCAUACUGCUGAUCAUCUUUUACUGCAUUUCCUUUGGGUUUUACGGGCUGUGGAUGUGGUUCCCCGAGCUGUUCGUACGAGUGGAAGAUGGCGGAUCACCGUGCGCCAAUGUGUCCAUCCCGUCUGGACAUCAGAACCAAAGUUGCUACCCUGUCAAGACUGUUGUCUACAAGGAGGGUUUCAUCAUCGCCGCCGCCAACCUUCCGGGUAACAUCUUCACUAUUCUGGUGAUGGACAACAUCGGAGGGAAGCUGCUGCUCUCGGGCAGUUUGCUGGUGUCCAGCCUCAGCGUGUUCCUCAUCUACGUGGUGAAGACAAAAACUCAGAGUCUGGUGCUUGCCUGCUUGUUCAGCGGCGUGUCCGUCAUCUCCUGGAACGCCCUGGAUGUCUUGGGCACCGAGCUUUACCCGACACAGCUACGUUCAUCGGCGCUUGGCUUCUUCACGGGGGCGGGCCGAGUGGCGGCCAUCACAGGGAAUGUGGCCUUCGGCAACUUGGUGGACUUGGACUGCGCCGUGCCCGUCCUGUUGGUGUCGGCCAUGCUGCUUACCGCUGGUGUUGCGGCGCUUUUUUUGCCGCGCAGCAAACAGACCGAGCUCACCUGAGCUUUACUUCACAGGACUCUCUCUUUCAAGUGAGCACAAUCAGCCUUGGUUAAAAUAUAAAGAAAUUAAGUCAUAAUUAGAGAUGUCGAUCGGGUCCGAUCACGUCAUUUUCAAAGUAUCGUAAUCGGCAAAAAAAUAUGGAACAUGCCUUUUUUUAAUAUAUAUAUUUUUUAAUUAAAUCGUUUUCUAAUUGUAUUUAACGUUACAGACAAAAUGUCUUACACUCAUCCAGAGUAGUUUUGGCUUAAAGUAGGGCUAUCAAAUUUAUUGCGUUAAUGGCGGUAAUAUUCACGCAUUGUUGCGUUCAAUCUAUAAAAACGCCGUUUUACCUAUCGUUAGCGCUAAAAGGCAGCGUAUAAUGAGUAAAGAUAAUUUUCACAGCCUUUGGAGCCAAUUUCAAUAUGGCUAAAGCCUUACAAUACCUCUCUCAGAAAAUAAUAAUGUGGGAGGCAAUGUGGGGAAGAAAGGUAGUAGUUGAUGAUUUUCUUAACACCUUAUGUUCUUUCCCAACGCAGAGAAGAUAUAUCAAUUGGUGCCCCUACGCACGGUUAUGGUUGCACUUCUUAUCAUGCAUUUGGGCAGAAGUUAAAUGGCUGCAGUAUCAUUUACUGAAAGCUCAACAAAUACACUCGAUGGCAAUAUUUAGUCACAAUAUACAAAGUCACAUUUAUCCUUUAAGAAUUACACGUCUUUCUAUCCGUGGAUCCCUCUCACAGAAAGAAUGUUAAUAAUGUAAAUGCCAUCUUGAGGAUUUAUUGUCAUAAUAAACAAAUACAGUACUUAUGUACUGUAUGUUGAAUGCAUAUAUUCGUCCGGGUUUUAUUCAUUUUUUUCUUAAUGCAUUGCCAAAAUGUAUAUGAUGGGGAAACAUUAUCGGGAAUGAUUGGAAUUGAAUCGUGAGCAAAAAAAAAAAGCAAUCGGAUCGGGAAAUAUCGGGAUCGGCAGAUACUCAAACUAAAACGAUCGGGAUCGGAUCGGGAGCAACAACCCUAGUCAUAAUCAUAUUCAUAUUGACAAGCCUGACAAUUUUGUUUUCCCCUGUAAAAUAUAUAUGGCGGAAAACACUCAGGUGACUUGAAGUUCCGCUCUGAGAACCCCUAAUUUGGCCAAAUUACAAAAUUGUCCUAUAUGCAUGUGUGAUACAUCAUUGUAAAGCUUAAAAUUUCAAGUUUCUGGGGUAAGAAAAAAUUUGAACAGGAGGGCAAUUAGGAAAAAAAAAAACAUUUUUUAAACCCCUAAACCCUAACUCGAGGUGAGAGCAAAAGAGAGCCUAAUUAGACACCAUGGUUUUAACGAGUUAUUAUCGUGUACUUACCUUGUUUCAAUCCAAAAACUCUGUAGCAUGUAUCACCAAGUUUCAAAACACAGCUGUGAAUGGCCACAGCUGGAAUUUUGGGGGAUUUUAUGGGUGAAACAUGGUAAUAUAAUAAGGGAAUGCAGAAAUCGCAGACAUCAAGGAGUGGUCGAGGUUUUCUUUUUCAAAUAUUUACUGUUUUAAAACUUUUUUUUUUUUUCAAUUUUUCUUUGUUUGGAUCGAUUAUUUAUUAUCAAUAAUAUCGGGGAAAAUACGACUAUAACAAAAAAAAUACCAUUAAGCGAUAGUUAUGAGGUAGAUAUCCGUGACCUAUUUAGGGAUAGUAUUUUUUGUGACGUAAUUUGUUUAAAAGUUUAAAAUGUACGAGUAAAUAAUUUUAUAGUCAUUUCUUUUUUUAACUAAAUAUUAGACAUCCAUUAAUGAUUCUAAGCUAAAAAAUGAUAGACAUUUCGAACGAUACUUAUCUUUUUAUUGCUGGGUUGAAACAAAAGCAGUUGCGCGGUGUCUGUAAACGGGUGUCUCCAGGGUAAUACCGACAAAUUAAAAAUAGUUCUGGGGCUGAAUGCGCCAUGAAAUUGCUAUGGCAGCAUAUAGACAUAUUGUUCUAUCAAACACAACAGUUCUUAUGGCUUAAAACAGCUGUUUAUUUUAAAGAGGAGUGUAAGAAGAAACUGCUUUUUCAGCCUUGUCUGUGUUUUCAGCCAUAUAUAUUUUGUACUCAUAUUUUUAAAAUACUGUAUAUUUUUUAAAUAAAUCAGAAAAAUUAAAGUACCGUUUUCCCCAGUGCUUUAUAAGCCCGGUGGGCCGCCAGGAUUUCUUGCCCAACUCCCCCACUCUCUUUAGUGAUACAUUUGAAAGUGCAAUUUCAAAAUGUACAAUUGUAUUUUUUUUAAAUAUUGUGGGCCACUGGUGGGCUUCUCUAUCACCAGUUACGUUUUCUAUAUGCUAUAAAUAUACAGUGAUCCCUCGUUUUUUGCGGCUUUAAGCAUGUUACUGUCCCACUGAAUUAUUUUUAAACAUGAAAAAAGUUAUUAUUAAAUGUUUCAUUGAUUGAGUCCACUCAAAUCCGCUCAAGGUGCUUACUUACACACAAUGAGUUGCCACAGCAGCGGUUUAACAAGUUAAACGAUGAUUGACGCAUACGGUGCUUUGAAGCUUCGGCAUUCAGGCGUCUGUGGCAAGAUCAAAAAUUAAACGUCUGUCAAUCGUUUACUUCAGUAUGCAACUCCAAUGCAUUGCCUGACCAAGAAGGAGUAGCAGGAGGGAGAGUGAGACUACGUGAUCGGCUCAUCUGUAUUUAUUUAAUUGAAAAAAAAAUCUGCGAUGGACUCUGGGCGCGAAGUAGCGAGGAAUCACUGUAUAAUCAAUGUUCAUUGAAAAUAAAAAAAAGCAUUUUAUGUGUAUUUUUUUAUUAUUUGUCUAAUAAAUAAUCUUCCAACAGUCAAGCAGCACGCACAAUAUAUAAAUUAAAAAAACACAUAAUUUGCAAUUAUCUGCUUUGGUAAAAUAUAUUUUACAUUCACCAACAGCAAAGACAAAAAACAGCAUCAAAGACAGGUUGUGAAAUGUGGAAGGCAGGAGAGUAACAUUUGGAUGUAAACAAUUUUGAUCAUGGAUUCUAUUAAAUCUAUUCCAACAUGUUUGAUUUGUUGGGUAUGAUGCUUUAAAAUAGGUCUAAAUUUUAAUAAAAAUAAUUUGAAAAACCUCUGAACUGUGUCAUGCUGGAUAUUUUGGUGUAAUGGUAGAAUUUAAUAGGGAUGGUAAAAACUGCCAGAAUGUUUUUUUUUUCAUGACUAAUAUGGAUUAAAUGUAUAAGACAAAAUUAAGUUAAAAAAAAAAAAGGUCACAAUUUUCACUAAUUUAACUUACUACACUCGUAUUUAGAUUUUUGUUUUCAAUUAUAUGAAAUAAAAAAUGCUACUGCGUGAGAGCCAUCAGGACAUCCUUGACCAACAUGGUCCCGAUCACCAUUUUGUCGCAAUUGAGCGUCAACUGGGCGGCGCCGUCCUCCUUGGUGAUUACGGUGACCAGCACCAGGCUGCCGCCGCUCACGGUCCGGCCCGCGAACCUGUGUGCGGGAUCAGGAAGUGGAGGAGAAGAAAGAGGAAGCGCAGGACUGGAGUCAAAGCGGAACAGAAGUGAACGCCAAAGGCGGCAGAGUCGAGGGAGUUAAGGCCGUUAUUUAGGGAGCGCUCACAAAAAACAAACAAACAUUGAAAUAUGUGAACAUUUUGUCAAAAGUAGGCAUGUGCUGGUUUAAGAUUCUCACGGUAUGAUAACCUUAAGCCAAAAUAUCACGGUUUUACGGUAUCACGGUAUUGCAAUGAUAGCUCUAAUACUACCGUAAUUUCCGGACUACAAGCCGCUACUUUUUUCUCUCAUUUUGGGUCCUGCGGCGUGUGCAAUGAUGCGGCCAAUUUGUGUAGUUUUCUGACGGCCGUCAGGGGCGCUCUAGCAUGGAAUGUGGGAGUGAGACACAUGGAAUACAUGUGUCGAGGAAGACGCUAGUUUGCACUACUACCGGUAGUUUAACUUUGUGGGUUGUGCAUGAAUAGAGGUGGCGGACCCUCGUCUUUGUGCAUGAGUAGAAUUGGCAGACCUGCGUCAUUGAAAAUGCUAGAAGAAAUUAAAUUGGCCAUCCGAGUUGUAUGGGACACUUUGAUGACGAGCGGCGAGAGAUCGUUUUGCAUGCGAAGAGCAGCUUUUGUACAAGUUUGCCGGGGGAGCCUGGCAGCGUGAAGUACUGUGAAAGAGUCCGCCAUCACCAACGGGCUUUGAGGGGCCAGUCUGCUGCGAGGAGGACGGCACAGGCUGGGAGUGAAUAUGCCUCAUUAUGGGAGACAUUGAAGGCGACGCGAAGGAGAGACUGAGUAGGUGCGUGCGUGGCGAAGUGCAUCUGAGCGUCUUCAUAUCCGACACUGAGGGUGAAGACUUUCAUCGUUUGAAUGCACAGGAGGAAGAUGAAGAUUGCUAACAAAGACUUUUAUGUUUUUAUUAACCAGCACAAUUAGUGCUGCACUGCCAUGCUGAUGCUAUGCAACUUCCGUGCCGCUGCUAUAUAACCGCCGUGUUUGCCGGCGCUGUUUGGAACGAAAAGUUAAGGUGUGUUAUUAAACGUUUGAAAACUGUAUUUCUUUGUCAAUGUCUCUUGUUACUAAGUGGGCACAGGCGGCUUAUAGGCAGGAGAGGCUUAUGUAUGUACAAAAUGAUUUUUCCUUUAAAAAUGUACUGGGUGAGGCUUGUAAUCAGGGGCGCCCAAUAGUCCAGAAAUUACAGUAGUUACUUUGAGAUUUCUGGGUUAAAAAAAAAAAGCAAAUUUUUUCCAUUGAACAGGAGCCUAAACCCACAGCCCCCCGGCUCAACAUUAUUACCAUCAGAACAAAAAUAAUUAUUUUCCAUAAAAAGAACGUGUGUUACUCGGAUAAUGUUUAUAUUAUACCAUAGACUUCCUAACCUAUUGACAUGACACGGGAGAGGGGGCCGAUUCAUACGGGGCCUAUUUUCAAAACCAAAGCUGCUAUCGACCUAAAACCAAAACAGGCACCUACCUUAGCCAUGUAUGAGUCUGCAUGAGCAGCGGCAUCAAAAAAUUCAGUCGUUCCCUUAUAAAAUCGCUAUUAAUUUUUUUUUUUUUUUAAUAUAAGUACAA